AUGGGCCGCUACCGCAUCCUCGUGGCCACCGGGGCCUCGCUCUUCGCCGGCUCGCACAACCGCGUGCAGUUGUGGCUGGUCGGGGCGUGCGGGGAAACGGAGCUGGAGCUGCAGCUGCGGCCGGCGCGGGGCCAGAAGGAGGAGUUUGAGCACGAAGUUCCGGAGGACUUGGGGCCGUUGCAGUUCGUGAAGUUGCGCAAACACCACUCCCUGGUGGACGACGCGUGGUUCUGCGACCGCAUCACGGUGCGGGGCCCUGGAGCCUGCGAGGAGGCCGCGUUCCCGUGCUACCGCUGGGUGCAGGGUGACGGCGUGCUAUGCCUGCCAGAGGCCACCGCCCGUCUGGCAGGAAACAAUGCAUUGGACGUGUUCCAGAGACAUCGAGAGAAGGAGCUGAAAGAAAGACAUCAGAUAUACCGCUGGGCCACCUGGAAGGAAGGGUUACCCCUGACAAUAGCUGCGGGCUGUGAGGACGAUCUACCGGCAAAUAUGAGAUUCCACGAGGAGAAGAGGCUGGACUUUGAGUGGACACUGAAGGCGGGGGCUCUGGAGAUGGUCCUCAAACGUGUUUACACCCUCCUGAGCUCCUGGACCAGUCUGGAGGAUUUUGAUCUCAUCUUCUGGGGCCAGAAGAGCCCCCUGGCUGAGAAGGUUCACCAGCGCUGGCGGGACGAUGAGUUGUUUGGCUACCAGUUCCUCAAUGGCGCCAACCCCAUGCUGUUGAGACGCUGCACCUCUCUGCCCUCCCGGCUGGUGCUGCCCUCGGGAAUGGAGGAGCUACGGGCCCAGCUGGAGAAAGAACUCCAGAAUGGUUCUUUGUUUGAAGCUGAUUUCAUCCUCCUGGACGGAAUUCCAGCCAACGUGAUCCGAGGAGAGAAGCAGUACCUGGCUGCCCCCCUCGUCAUGCUCAAGAUGGACCCCAGUGGGAAGCUGCUACCCAUGGUCAUCCAGAUCCAGCCUCCCAGCUCCAUCUCCCCGACCCCACCACUGUUCCUGCCCUCAGAUCCUCCACUUGCCUGGCUCCUGGCAAAGACCUGGGUCCGAAAUUCAGAUUUCCAACUGCAUCAGCUCCAAUACCAUCUGCUUAACACCCAUCUGCUGGCUGAGGUCAUCGCUGUGGCCACCAUGAGGUGCCUCCCAGGGCUGCACCCUAUCUUCAAGCUCCUGAUGCCACACAUCCGCUACACAAUGGAAAUCAACACCCGGGCACGGACUCAGCUCAUCUCAGACGGAGGCAUAUUUGAUAAAGCAGUGAGCACCGGUGGAGGGGGCCAUGUGCACUUGCUCCGCCGGGCCCUGGCUCAGCUGACCUACCGCUCCCUCUGUCCUCUUGAUGAUCUGGCUGAUCGCCGCCUGCUGGGAACCCCGGGUGCUCUCUAUGCCCGUGAUGCUUUACGGCUCUGGGAAAUCACUGCCCGGUAUGUGGAGGGGAUUGUCCACCUCUUCUACCGCGGGGAUGAUGUUGUGAAAGGGGACCCUGAGCUGCAGGCCUGGUGUCGGGAGAUCACUGAGGUGGGGCUGCGCCAGGCCCAGGAGCGAGGUUUCCCUGUCUCCUUCCAGUCCCAGAAUCAACUCUGCCAUUUCCUUACCAUGUGUGUCUUCACGUGUACUGCUCAGCAUGGGGCCAUCAACCAGGGCCAGCUGGACUGGUAUGCCUGGGUCCCUAAUGCACCAUGCACGAUGCGGAUGCCCCCACCCACCACCAAGGAAGAUGUGACAAUGGCCACAAUGAUGGGCUCACUACCUGAUGUCCGACAAGCCUGUCUUCAAAUGGCCAUCACAUGGCAUCUGGGUCGCCGCCAGCCAGACAUGGUGCCUCUGGGGCAUCACAAAGAAAAGUAUUUCUCAGACCCCAAGGCCAAGUCUGUACUAAACCAAUUCCAAACAGACCUGGAAAACUUGGAAAGGGAAAUUACAGCCCGCAAUGAGCAACUUGACCUGCCUUAUGAAUACCUAAAGCCCAGCCACAUAGAGAACAGCAUCACUAUUUGA